AUGUUGCUGACCACUGUUCUUGCUUCUGCCCUGUUCCUCUCCUCCAUGGCUGACAAGAUGUGUUUCAGCCCAUUGGGGACCGGGUAUGUGAACUACCUCAUCCAAAAACUGCAGGAACAUCCAGCUUCUACAUGCAGCUGCAGCACCAAUGUGACCAAUUGUUUGUGUCUUCCCAUCCCUUCUGACAACUGCACUACACCAUGCUUUCAGGAGGGGCUGUCCCAGCUGACCAACAUCACAAUGGAAAGAGAACUCACCCUGAAUUUCAAUCGGGUGAAAAAAACCAUUGAAGCCCUACAGAGGAAAAACUGCCAAACUUUCUCCUGUGAACAGCCAUGCAACCACAUCACAUCAGGCAACACACUGACAUUUCUGAAACGUCUCCUGGAAACUUUCCAGAAAGAAUAUGUGUUAAGCAGAGAAUGA